CCGGUGUUGUGACUGAAACCCGUCAAUAUGGCGGCGAUUGGCCGCGGCCGCUCGCUGAAGAACCUCCGAAUACGAGGGCGGAAUGACAGCGGCGAGGAGAACGUCCCGCUGGAUCUGACCCGAGAACCUUCUGAUAACUUAAGGGAGAUUCUACAAAAUGUGGCCAAAUUGCAAGGUGUAUCAAAUAUGAGAAAGCUAGGCCAUCUGAAUAACUUUACUAAGCUUCUUUGUGAUAUUGGCCACAGUGAAGAAAAAUUGGGUUUUAACUAUGAGGACAUCAUAAUUUGCUUGCGGUUAGCUUUACUGAAUGAAGCAAAAGAAGUACGGGCAGCAGGGCUACGAGCUCUUCGAUAUCUCAUCCAAGACUCCAGUAUUCUGCAGAAGGUGCUAAAACUAAAAGUGGACUAUUUAAUAGCUAGGUGCAUUGACAUACAACAGAGCAACGAGGUAGAGAGGACACAAGCACUGCGAUUAGUAAGAAAGAUGAUUACUGUGAAUGCUUCCUUGUUUCCUAGCUCUGUGGCUAACUCAUUAAUAGCAGUUGGAAAUGAUGGACUUCAAGAAAGAGACAGAAUGGUCCGAGCAUGCAUUGCCAUAAUCUGUGAACUAGCACUUCAGAAUCCAGAGGUGGUGGCCCUUCGAGGUGGACUAAACACCAUCUUGAAAAAUGUGAUUGAUUGCCAGUUAAGUCGAAUAAAUGAGGCCCUCAUUACUACAAUUUUACAUCUCCUUAAUCAUCCAAAGACUCGACAGUAUGUGCGAGCUGAUGUAGAAUUAGAGCGAAUUUUAGCACCCUAUACUGAUUUUCACUACAGACAUAGUCCAGAUACAGCUGAAGGACAGCUCAAAGAAGACAGAGAAGCAAGGUUUCUAGCCAGUAAAAUGGGAAUCAUAGCAACAUUCCGGUCAUGGGCAGGUAUUAUUAAUUUAUGUAAACCUGGAAACUCUGGGAUCCAUUCUCUAAUUGGAGUACUUUGCAUACCAAAUAUGGAAAUAAGGCGAGGUCUGCUUGAAGUGCUUUAUGAUAUAUUUCGUCUUCCUCUUCCUGUUGUGACUGAAGAAUUCAUAGAAGCACUGCUCAGUGUUGAUCCAGGUAGAUUCCAAGACACUUGGAGACUUUCGGAUGGCUUUGUAGCAGCAGAGGCAAAAACUAUUCUUCCUCAUCGUGCCAGAUCCAGGCCAGACCUCAUGGAUAAUUACUUGGCACUGAUACUCUCUGCAUUUAUUCGUAAUGGACUUCUAGAGGGUUUAGUUGAAGUAAUAACAAACAGCGAUGACCAUAUUUCAGUUAGAGCUACCAUCCUUUUAGGGGAGCUUUUACAUAUGGCAAACACAAUUCUUCCUCAUUCACAUAGCCAUCAUUUGCACUGUCUGCCAACCUUAAUGAAUAUGGCAGCAUCCUUUGAUAUCCCCAAGGAAAAGAGACUGCGAGCUAGUGCAGCCUUGAACUGUUUAAAGCGCUUCCAUGAAAUGAAGAAACGAGGACCUAAGCCUUAUAGCCUUCAUUUAGAUCUCAUUGUUCAGAAAGCAAUUGCAACACACCAGAAACGGGAUCAAUAUCUCCGAGUUCAGAAAGAUAUAUUUGUUCUCAAGGAUACAGAGGAAGCUCUUUUAAUGAAUCUUAAAGACAGCCAAGUCCUUCAACAUAAAGAGAAUCUUGAAUGGAAUUGGAAUCUUAUAGGGACCAUUCUUAAGUGGCCAAAUGUAAAUCUAAGAAACUAUAAAGAUGAACAGUUGCACAGGUUCGUACGAAGACUGCUAUAUUUUUAUAAGCCCAGUAGUAAAUUAUAUGCCAACCUGGAUCUGGAUUUUGCAAAGGCCAAGCAGCUCACAGUUGUGGGUUGUCAGUUUACUGAAUUUCUUCUUGAGUCUGAAGAGGAUGGGCAAGGAUACUUAGAAGAUCUAGUGAAGGAUAUUGUUCAGUGGCUAAGUGCCUCAUCUGGAAUAAAACCUGAAAGAAGUCUUCAAAAUAAUGGCUUAUUGACUACACUUAGUCAACACUACUUUUUAUUUAUUGGAACACUUUCUUGCCACCCUUAUGGAGUCAAAAUGCUGGAAAAAUGCAGUGUAUUUCAAUGUCUUCUUAACCUUUGCUCCUUGAAAAACCAAGAUCACUUGCUAAAACUGACUGUUUCUAGCUUGGACUAUAGCAGAGAUGGAUUGGCUAGAGUAAUCCUUUCCAAAAUCCUGACUGCAGCCACUGAUGCAUGUAGGCUUUAUGCAACAAAACAUUUAAGAGUAUUGUUGAGAGCUAAUGUUGAAUUCUUCAAUAACUGGGGAAUUGAAUUACUGGUGACCCAGCUACAUGAUAAAAGCAAAACAAUUUCUUCUGAAGCUCUUGAUAUCCUUGAUGAAGCAUGUGAAGACAAGGCCAAUCUUCAUGCUCUUAUCCAGAUGAAGCCAGCUUUAUCUCACCUUGGAGACAAGGGUUUGCUUCUCCUCCUCAGAUUUCUCUCCAUUCCAAAAGGGUUUUCCUAUCUGAAUGAAAGGGGUUAUGUAGCAAAACAAUUGGAAAAGUGGCACAAGGAAUAUAAUUCAAAAUACGUUGACUUGAUUGAGGAACAACUUAAUGAAGCACUUACUACUUACCGAAAGCCAGUUGAUGGUGAUAACUAUGUUCGUCGGAGUAACCAAAGAUUACAGCGUCCUCACGUCUACUUGCCCAUACACCUUUAUGGACAACUGGUACACCACAAAACAGGCUGUCAUUUGCUGGAAGUACAGAAUAUUGUUACAGAACUCUGUCAGAGUGUUCGUACACCAGAUUUGGAUAAAUGGGAAGAAAUUAAAAAACUGAAAGCAUCUCUUUGGGCCUUGGGAAAUAUUGGUUCAUCAAACUGGGGUCUUAAUUUGCUACAGGAAGAAAAUGUGAUUCCAGAUAUACUAAAACUUGCAAAACAGUGUGAGGUUCUUUCCAUCAGAGGGACCUGUGUAUAUGUGCUUGGGCUCAUAGCCAAAACCAAGCAAGGUUGUGAUAUUCUAAAAUGCCAUAGCUGGGAUGCUGUAAGGCAUAGUCGCAAACAUCUGUGGCCAGUGGUUCCAGAUGAUGUAGAACAACUCUGUAAUGAACUGUCAUCUAUCCCAAGUACCCUAAGUUUGAAUUCGGAGUCAACUAGCUCAAGACAUAAUAGUGAAAGUGAAUCUGCGCCAUCAAGUAUGUUCAUAAUGGAGGAUGACCGAUUUGGCAGCAGUUCUACUAGUACAUUUUUCCUUGACAUCAACGAAGAUGUAGAGCCAGCAUUUUAUGAUCGACCUGGACCUAUAAAGGAUAAAAAUUCAUUCCCUUUCUUUGCUUCUAGUAAACUUGUGAAGAAUCGUAUCUUAAAUUCGCUCACUUUGCCUAAUAAAAAACAUCGUAGUAGCAGUGAUCCAAAAGGAGGGAAACUGUCAUCUGAAAAUAAGACAAGCAACAGGAGGAUCAGAACGCUUACAGAGCCCAGUGUGGACUUUAAUCAUAGUGAUGAUUUCACACCCAUUUCCACGGUACAGAAAACAUUACAAUUAGAAACUUCAUUUGUUGGGAAUAAGCACACUGAAGACACUGGUAGUACUCCAAGUAUUGGAGAGAAUGACUUAAAAUUCACCAAGAGUCUUGGUAUAGAGAAUCACAGAGAAAACACAAGCCGAGAGAGAUUAGUUGUAGAAAGUUCAACAAGCUCACAUAUGAAGAUACGUAGUCAAAGUUUUAAUACAGACACUACAACAAGUGGCAUAAGUUCAAUGAGCUCAAGUCCUUCACGAGAGACAGUAGGUGUAGAUGCUACGACUGUGGACACAGACUGUGGAAGUAUGAGUACUGUGGUAAGUACUAAAACUGUUAAAACAAGCCACUAUUUGAUGCCACAGUCUAACCAUCUGUCUCUCUCCAAAUCAAACUCCGUGUCCCUGGUGCCUCCAGGUUCUUCUCAUACACUUCCUAGAAGAGCACAGUCCCUUAAAGCACCUUCUAUCGCUACAAUUAAAAGUCUAGCAGAUUGUAACUUUAGUUACACAAGUUCUAGAGAUGCCUUUGGCUACGCUACACUGAAAAGAUUACAGCAACAAAGAAUGCAUCCAUCCUUAUCUCAUUCUGAAGCUUUGGCAUCUCCAGCAAAAGAUGUGCUGUUUACUGAUACCAUCACCAUGAAGGCCAACAGCUUUGAGUCCAGGUUGACACCAAGCAGGAUCAAUUUUAAAAAGAAGCAUGUCGGGGGAAUCAGGAGCUUAAGACCUACAAUAACAAACAACCUUUUCAGGUUUAUGAAAGCUUUAAGUUAUGCUUCGUUAGAUAAAGAAGAUUUAUUAAGUCCUAUUAAUCAAAAUACCUUGCAACGAUCCUCUUCAGUGAGAUCCAUGGUGUCCAGUGCAACAUAUGGUAGCUCGGAUGACUAUAUAGGUCUUGCUCUUCCAGUAGACAUCAAUGAUAUAUUCCAGGUUAAGGAUAUUCCCUAUUUUCAGACAAAAAACGUACCUCCACAUGAUGAUCGAGGUGCAAGAGUGUUUGCUCAUGAUGCAGGAGGUCUUCCAUCUGGAACUGGAGAUCUUGUAAAAAACUCUUUUCACUUGCUACGACAGCAGAUGAGUCUUACGGAAAUAAUGAAUUCAAUCCACUCAGAUGCUUCUCUAUUUUUAGAAAGUACAGAAGACACUGGACUACAGGAGCAUACAGAUGAUAACUGCCUUUAUUGUGUCUGUAUCGAAAUUCUGGGUUUCCAGCCCAGUAACCAACUAAGUGCAAUAUGUAGUCAUUCAGACCUCCAGGACAUUCCAUAUUCUGAUUGGUGUGAGCAGACUAUCCAUAAUCCUUUAGAAGUGGUUCCCUCUAAAUUUUCAGGGAUUUCUGGAUGCAGUGAUGGAGUGUCUCAAGAAGGUUCAGCCAGCAGCACCAAAAGCACAGAAUUGCUACUAGGUGUUAAAACAAUUCCAGAUGAUACACCAAUGUGCCGUAUACUCCUUCGCAAAGAAGUUUUGAGAUUAGUCAUUAAUUUGAGUAGUUCAGUUUCAACUAAAUGUCAUGAAACUGGGCUUUUAACGAUUAAAGAGAAAUAUCCUCAAACAUUUGAUGACAUAUGCCUUUACUCUGAGGUUUCCCAUUUACUCUCACACUGCACAUUUAGACUUCCAUGUCGGAGGUUCAUACAAGAAUUAUUUCAAGAUGUACAGUUUUUACAAAUGCAUGAAGAAGCAGAGGCUGUGUUGGCAACACCACCAAAGCAACCUAUAGUUGAUACAUCUGCUGAAUCCUGACCUCAUAUUUAUGAUGUAUAUAGAUGUAUACUAUAUAUAUUCCUAUUUGCGAAUUUUUCUAGAAGCCUCAGAAAAUGCUGACUGGGCAAUAAAGACAGGAGUGUCUUCUGUACACUGUUCCAGCAAUUACUGGUACAUGAACAGUUAGGACUGCAGACUUCUCUAACCAAACCAACUUCUUCUCUCCCCUUUGAGUACUUUAGGGGUUCAUUGUUCAUUACCACAGUUUUAAGAGUUUUAGUUACCAUUUAUGCAAGAGUCAAGCACUGAAUACCUAUAUAAGGUUUUCUAUAUUUCUCAUUUUAAGAACAUAACAACAGUGGAACAAUAAUAGGAUAUGCAGAAGCACCCUUCACACAGUUAUUUCUGAAUUCUUUUUUUUGGGUAAAUAUAAAGAUGCCUUGUUUGUUAACUAAUUCAUGGAAACCAGGAAUCAGUGUCUCUGAGGCUGCAUCCUAUUAUCACAAUGGGGUGUGCUAUAACUGCUUGUAUUAGAGGAGGGCUUUUAGCCCUUCCGCAUUUUUCUUAAAGUUUGUAACACUACUUCAAAGGUUUGUAACCUCAAAGUGAAAGAAGAGCCUCAACAACCCGGACUUAUAAGUUAUUUUCAUGUUACUAGACUUGCAUAAAAUUUGUUUUCUGUGUCUUCAAUGUUUAGUUGCAAUGUGUUAUUACAGACUAUUUGAACCCAGUAAGGUUUUUCACUACAGUUCUGAUUAAAAUCAGAAAAUCAUUUUUUAAUUCAAAGUAUUUCCCAUUUAUAGAAUGUAUAUAUUUUCAGUGGACUUCUCUUUUCAUCAACUUUCCAUGCCGUCAUUUUAAACAAGAACUUGGACAAGCACUAUUAAUUCAGACCUAAAGCAAAAGAAAGCAUUAAAUAAUACUUUGGAUCUCUGAGGAAAAAAUAAGGUUGCACAAUUUACACAUUCCAUGGGGAAAGAAGAGCCAUAUUUCCUUUUAAAAAAUCAUUAAUGAAAUGUUUUUAUGAUUAAACAUUGUAGUGAAAAGCCUUAAUUAUCAAAUUUUAAGCAGCAGUAAUUUAAUUUUUAUAUCAGUGUUCUUGUUUUGCACAAACUAAUAAAUGCAGUGAUAGGUGAGUUUAUCAGUACAGUAAUGCCUUUAUCAAUUUGUGAAGUUGUUGAUGAGGGCAAGGUUUUUGCGUGUUUAAUUUGUGUAUGUCUAAAGAUAUUUGGUAAUCUUUACAGGAAUUAAACAUAUAUGCAAAUUUGUAUAUAAAAAGAGCAUGACCAUGAUCAUUAGAAUGCUUGUAAAUGAAAGGAUUAUCUUUUUUGAGGUCUAUAUAAAUAGAAAAACACCCAGCUGGACUGAUUAGGACCCUUUUUUAAUUCAUUUGUUUAUACCAUUUUUACAGUUACACAUCAGCUUUGACACAGUCAUAGUAUAAUCUUUUCCCAUAUUACAGAUCCUUUUUAUAAUGGGCUUGUUCUUUGAGAUCUCUGUAAAGAAUCCUGUGAACUAGAAAACAUAACUCACAGGAAUUUUUUUUUUUUCAUGGCACUGAAAGUUAUUGGGAUGAAGCAUUUCACCCCCUUUUUGACUGCACUUCAGUGAAUUGUUCUUAUGUGCACUGUGUAGCAACUUACAUUAUAUAUAACAAAGCAGAUAAGGGCUGUAAGCUGCUGCUUAUGUUAAAAAGUGGUUCUUCAGAUUUUCUCUCAUAAAAUCCAAUUGAAGAUAAAACAAAUAACGUUUUUCUAAACUUUAUCACUGAACCCACGUGUUUAUUUAAAUGUCAGUAGUACUCUAAGAUGUUGCCUGUACCUUGGUCUUUGGUCUUGGAUGAAUAAACUGCCUUCCAGAGAACCAAAUGUCAGAAAUACUAGACCAAAUAGUGGUUAAGAACUCCAAAGGAGGUAAUGUAGUAAUCUUAUUCAUAAUGGGAAUAACAUAUUUUAGACAUUCAUUUUAAACACUACCUCAGUUAAUAUAGAGUAUAAAAUCUGUGGUUUAAUCCCUUAAAAAUUACCAGUAAUUUGUCACACACAGCCAUCCCCAUUCCUAGAUCCCACCUCACUUAUCCAUUCUGAAAUGAAGUCUUUGUUAUUACUAGCCUGAAUAGUUUUUUUUCCAUUAUUUGAAAGACAUGUAUGUAUACAUCAUAGUGUUUGCCUAUAGCACUUAGUUUCGGAAGACACUCAGUUUUGUGGUUCUCAGUAAUCUAAGAAAAAAACGUCUACGAUUAAAUGUAUAGUGAGUGCUAUUGGUUUAUCCAUGUUUCACUGACAGAUCUAAUACAUUUUCAAUUACUCGUUUGUAUAAAAGUAGACUUUUAUGACGAAAACACUCACAUGCAGUGCCAAGUGAUUAACUUAGGUAUUUAAAAAUAUUAAAUCAUAGUAGAAAUGGUUAGGGAUGGUGUCAGUGGUAAUAGAAAUAAUUGAGCAAAUCAUCUAUAAAUAGCCGGUAAUACCAGACUGAAAUACUAAAAUAAUGCCAAUACUGUAGUUUUUCAAGAUUUUAGAAUCAAUUUUAGUCCAUAUGAAUUUAUACUAUUGAUAAUUACUGAAUAAUUUGGAGGAACUUGGGCAGUUCCGCUGGUUAUAAACUGUGAAUUUCUAAUUGUAAAGUGAAUUGUCAUUUAUAAUCAAAAUUUUUUUAAAACAUUUCAGCUUCACAUACUAAGUAAAUACUGAUAAAUAAGAAAAUUAGAAAUUAGUAUUCAUAAUUAUGGUCUAAAAUUUCUUAUGCUUUUAUUUCCUAUUCAUGCAUAGAUAGAUUUGAAGAGGGGGGGAAGAUCUGUAUUCCCUAAUAAAAAAUUUUCUAAUGAAGAUUGGUAGCAUAAGGACAUUCUGUAAGAAAGUGACAUUUAAAAGAAGCUUCUUAGGAGAUAAUAGACAUUAUUAUACCAGUUACCUCUAACAUCAUGUGUACAAGUCCUUUUGAAAUGGUGGCUUUAAUAGUUUUCAGCUCCUUUAUCCAGGGCUUGAGAUAAUUAAAGCUUAGUUUUUCAAGGUAUAUUACAAUGGCAAAGUGUUCGUGAGGUGUUAAUGCUUAUUUAGAUUUGUCUACUGAUAUUUAUAUAAAAAAUUUUUUCAUUCCAUUCAGAGGAUGCCUUUUAUCCCCACAUUAAAGCACAGAUCAUUAAGCAAUAAAAAUCAUUCAAAUUGUCAUCCAAAUUAUAACUGCAAUUAUUUUUGCAUGGUAAGAGUGAGGUGCUAAUUUUCUGUGAGAUGAACUUUAUAAACUACCUUGGGAAAGGUCCUUUCAAAGUAAGGUUUUUUCCUCUUUUGUCCUAUGCUUCCAGUUUUGUCUCAAAAUCACAGUCCAUUAAUACAUAGGAAAAAAGAAAAGGUAGAAUUAACUGAGAGAGUUUUAUGAGAUGCUGUUGGAAGAAAAGAGUAUUUCACAAUUUCCAAAAUGUAAGUUGGGAAAGGUCUCCCUUAUCUCCCCAUUCAGGAAAUUUAUUACCAACUUAAUUUCAAGAGUAUCACGACAGUGAGAAUUUCAUUAUAAAAGCAUACCAGUGAAAUUAAUAGCCUUGCUUAUCAGACCAUACUGACACCUGUGAGACUUUUAUAAGAGCAUUCUUUUUUUUUCUUAUUUGUAGGUUCCAGAGUAUUUUGCAUUCAUAAUAGGUUUAUAUGACUCACACAGAAUGUGGAUUUUUCCCCCCUUUGGAGUAUUUUUUAAUGUAGGUGGAUAGCUAUGCCACAGCAUACAUAAAUUGCACAUUUGUUUGACUUUCUUUAUAAAAUAUUUAAUUUGAAAAAUAUAAUUUAUGCCAAAAAUAUAAACCUUGUAAUUUUGCCACUAAAUGGGUUGAUUUAGCACAAAUGCAAGUCUUGGGACAGAUGGGGGGUGGGGGUGGGGGUGGGGAGAGAGAAAAACAUUUCAUAGAUAACAGUUGAAAAAUGUUCUAUCACUGGCCUGUCAGAAACCCUAAAGCUGCAUUGUAAAACAAAUGGUAUAAAUUAGUUUUGAUACGUGGUAAGGGAUUGGGAAAAAAAUAUCAGACUUAAUGUUCCCUAACCACAUGAUUUUUUUUUUUCAUUUAAUAAUACGCUGCUACAUAUUUGGAGGUUCUGGUGUUUGUAGGUCACUGAACAGACAUUGAAAUCUGAUUUAUAUUGUAUAACUGUAACAUAGAAAGAUAAAGUAUUUAUAUAUUUUCCGCAAGAAUAUUUCAUUGAGUUGUGUAUAAUUUAAAUAAGGUUUGUCCCCAAUGGUUUUGCUCACCUUUAUUUUUUUUUUGUGGUCUUCUUGUUUUUGUAUAAUGUGUACAGUUUAUGUCAAGGGCAUUAAAAGCCUCCUGAAGCAUAAUCUUAUCAAAGGGAUACAUUGUUAAUAAAAAAUGAAUUUAAAAUUCUUAAA